CAAUUCUGCAUUAAUAUUCUUCUAUUUCGAUUCAAUCUUUCGAGAUUUUUCGAGAUCUUAGUAUGUUCCUCUACACAGGUGUGCGAAACCCCACAGCGAAAUGCCAGGCACGCUUGCGACGCAGAAGGCUCCCAGCCUGGACGAUCCCGAUGACCCUUGGGUGAUCGCUAGAAAUCGCUUCACAGCUGAUCUAUCUGAAAGCGAGAAGAGACUCUUCGAUUCGGCAAGUCUUGAGAACCUAUAUUACACUGCUAGCAACUGCGAGCGGGAAGACAGGACCAGCAGUAAAGCCCAAUCUCUGGUUCAAAAGAUGAGACCAUUGGUGGUUGCUGUCGAAGACUAUGGGAAGGCCUUAGAUACUUUCACAAACAUGGCCCCACUGUAUCUAGCUCCGAUAUGGGGAAGUAUCAGAGUAUUUCUUGCUAUGGCGAAGAAAUACACAAAGUUCUACGCACAAGCUGUUGAGAUGUUUGGCAGGAUCGGCGAUUUGCUACCGAGAUUUCGCGACUAUCAGAGGUUAUUUGACUCAAAGAAACAUCAAAGGCUAACGCAAGCCCUAUCCAACGCUUAUCUCGACAUCAUUGACCUUUGUACUAAAUUUCGGAUUGCUCUAAAAGAGCAGAAAGUGUCAGCCUUGAAGCGAAUUUUGAAGCCAUUGGAGCUCGACACGGAGCUCGAAGAAGCUAUCCAGAAGUUCCGUGACCAUAAAGAGACCGUAGAGAAGGAAGCCGAGAUUUGCCAUAUGAUUGAAGCAAAGGAGGCAAGAGCAAUAAUUCUUGCAAAUAAAGAACUGCAGGAAAGGGAGGAGAAAGCAAACCGACGCGUUCAACUCUUAGGGUUUCUGUCAGGAGUUGAUGACGGCUAUAGGCACCGCGCCCUAGGAUCCAUGCGCCAUGAAGGUACAUGCUUGUGGGCGCUUGCGUCACCCGAAUAUCAGAACUGGUUGCACUGUCCAGAUUCGGCAGCACUGUGUUGCCAUGGGAUACCCGGAUGCGGGAAGUCGGUUCUAGCAUCAGCUAUCAUCGACACUCUCCCAAAGUCAACAACAAGUUCCGCUGUCACGCAUUACUAUUGUGACUAUGCAGACAAAAGAACUCUUGAACCCAUCAACAUCUUUGCAUCGCUGGCUAAGGGCCUUCUUCAGCAUGUUCCAAUUCCUUCCUCCGUGGAAAAAUUGAUUGUGAAAUGCUACGGCAACGGAAAUAAAUCGCCCGAGCUUCGCGAUGUUCUCCAAAUUCUCGGUACAUUAGUCGAGGAAGUCUUUGAUUCUGUUACGAUGGUGUUAGAUGGGCUGGAUGAGGUAAAGGACUGUGAUCGACAAAAUAUAAACCAAGCGUUCAAAAGUCUCUGGGGAGGUACCAAACCGAUCAAACUUCUACUCUGCAGUCGAGAUGAUGAUGUCUCGGCCAUGACGCCCCCGCAUGUUGUCAAGCAUCGCCUCCAAGUCCUUCCCACUGCCAUUAGUGAUGACAUCAAGGUGUAUGUUACACAUUCGGUGCGAAGUCUACUGGCUGACGGGAGCUUGGUACUGGGCGAUGAGGAUCUAGAGCAACUUAUUAUCGACUGUCUUGUGGACGGCGCAAAGGGCAUGUUUCUAUGGGUCAAAUUUCAACUCGCCGAGCUUUGUACGGCGGAAACCGAUAGUGAAGUGAAACGAAUUCUAGAAAACCUCCCCAAAGAUCUUGGCGAGACAUACGACAGGCUCCUUGGAAGAAUCAAUGGCGAACAGCGAGAAGAUUUAGUCCGGCGAAUGUUUCAAUGGAUUGUCUGCGCCAAACGUCCACUCUAUAUCGAUGAACUUCGGGAGGCAAUUGCUUUUGAUAUAGAGGACCGACAUUGGGACGGCAGCAAGAUUCCAACCCAGAUUCUCCGAGUCGUUCGUGCCUGCGGGAACCUGGUUGUGAUCAGCGAAGAGACACGGCAUGUCUCUCUUGCCCAUUACACAGUCCAGCAAUAUGUCCUCGGCAAGCCUUACGACCUGGGAUCCUCUAUCCAUUUCACAAUGGAAGAGGCAAACAUCGCGGUGGCACAAGUCUGCAUUGCCUAUCUUUGCUUUUCAGACUUCGAAUCACAGGUUUCGAAGUACUUGGACGCUACAAACAAUGACAUGAAGUUAAUACAAGAAAUGGUUUCUAGCUUCUCGAUCGUUCCUGAUGAUUAUUUGGCGAAUAGUGUCGUUAAAGUAUGGGAUUACUUCAGGGGAGGACCUUCAGCAACGCCAAAACAGAUCGACUAUCGAAGAUAUGUCAACACGAGAGCACCCAACGAGCAUCUCCUUCAGAAAUUUCGAAUCUUAGAGUAUAUCUCUAACAACUGGCUUCCUCACAGUACCUGUUUGGAUCAUCACAUGGAUAAAGCCUCCAGGACAUACCAAUUAUUCCAUACAUUGAUCCUCCACAAAAAUCUCCUCUUCAACGUCUUUCCAUGGAAGCAUAAAAGCAUUCAAAACAAGGAACUAUGGCUUAUUGCUCAGGCGGGAUGGGCCAUUAAAGCUCAACAUCUGCUGCUAUUAGCAGUACUUACAGAUGAUAAUCCUGGGGUCUAUCUUAUGAAUCGUGCAGGAGUAAAGCUGCAUGGCUUAGGGCCAUACAAAUCAGUACUGGACAGGAAAACAUUGGAAAUGAUCCCAACCGAUUCGGAAAGCAUUCCCGAGACUAUUGAAAGAGCCUAUCUGUGGCUGUACUCCAAGGUCUUAAGUGCUUGCCGUCAAGGAAACGGGAACCUUCUCACUGGAUUGAAAUCUGGCCUCUUGUCAGUACAUGGAUCAUUGGGACAGCCGACUAGCUCCGGGGUGGGUUCCUCUCGCAGCUUAGAGGACAUAAUUUUGGGACACUUGCUUUUCGAAGCAUCAAUGCAUGGCCAGGAGAAACUGGUUGCAGAUAUCGUGGACUCGUUCGCCCCCUUUUUGGAACUUUUCCUCGAACAUGAUGGCUACUAUUUCUCUUCUGGGGCAAUGGCUGCGCUCCGCGGCCACGUAAACAUCGUAAAGAUGACUCGUUCUCUUUGGGGGCUCGGGGAGCCACCAGUAGGCCCCGGUUUUCGGACGUAUCUAAGAAAAGCCUUGGUUGAUGCAGCGGGGAAUGGUAACGGAGCAGUGGUAGAAGGCCUACUCAUGGUCAUGCAAUCAGCCGAAGCAUCGCCCCAGGAUAUCGAGGCCAAGAAUUCAGCACUGAGGAAAUCUACCCAGGAAGGCGCUCGCGAAAUCGUUCUGUUGUUGCUGGAGAAUGGUGGUGAUCCUCUGGAUGAGGGCCCUGAAGGCGGCUCGGCUCUUGAGAUCGCCGUCAGGUGCGGAAAUGUCGAAGUUGUUCGGACCCUGGUUGAUUACAGCGACAUUAACAUUACAUCUCCCGUGCAAGUGGAGAACCUCGAAACACAUACAGUAGUACUUCGAUUUCCGGUGCCCAAUACGAAUUGAAAAAGUUUGAGCUUGACGGACUGGGAACACAUACUACUUCGAACUCCGAUACCCAAUUGUGGCUGACAGAGUCUGAGAUUGAGCUUCUGCGCUAUCACCAGCAGGCAGCUAUC